GUCUCUAUGCAAUUGAUUCAUAAUCCUCGACUGCCUCAUAAUCUUUAUGGAAAUCACGAUUGGUGUUCAAACAGCUACACUUUUAGACUUAUUCUUCCAUUUUUUCGGUGCAUGAACUUUAUCAACAUUUCCCAUGGAUCGCGUCUUUAUAGCUUGGCUUACCUGUCUUUCGUGUACCGUUUUGACUUUCGAAAUUGUUUGUAUAGUACUACCAUUUAUAAGUUCUUAUUAUUAUUUACUUGCCAGAAAUGUAUUUGGUUUGAUUAUUGGACACUGGUUCUUUGUAUUUUCCCGAGACAGUAUAUUCAGAAAGCGUAUUAAUCCAAAUAAAAAGGCUGUUUUUAUUACAGGAUGUGAUUCAGGAUUUGGCUUUCAACUGGCAAAGCGAUUGGACUCAAAAGGAUAUCACGUUUUCGCUGGCUGCCUCUUUCCCACGUCAGGAGGCGCUGCUGAGCUGAAGAGUUCGUGUUCUUCGCGGUUCUGUGCAAUACACAUUGAUGUUACACAGGAUGACAGCGUGCGGAAUGCCAAGGAAUUUGUGCAAAAAAAUCUCGGGGAUUGCGAACUUUGGGCAGUUGUGAACAAUGCCGGUGUGUACAAAGGAUUUGCUGUGGAGUUCACCCCAAUAUCUGAUUUCGAGGACAUACUUCAAGUGAAUACUUUGGGACAAGUCAGAGUGACGAAAGCGUUUUUAUCUCUACUCAGACAAAGCAAAGGCAGGAUUAUCAAUGUAAACAGCGUAGCAGGCCGUACGGCAAUUCCUCAUUUGACAUGUUAUGCAAUGAGUAAAUUCGGUGCUGUCGCUUUCACCGAAUGCCUUCGACGGGAAAUGGACCCGUGCGGCGUUAAAGUCAUUUCCAUAGAACCAGAACUUUUCAGAACUCCAAUGAGCAACAUUGAGAAUCUCACCAAGGAACUGGUGAAGACCCGAGCUAGUAUGGAAAACGAAUUCAAAUCCAGUUCUGGCAAAAAAUUAAUCAAACAAAUGAAAUUUCUACAUAUGUGUAUUGGCAAACUAGCUUCGCCAAAUACGCACCAUGUAGUAAAUGCUAUGGAGGCUGCUGUGAGUAUGCAACAUCCUUGUCCAGUGUAUGUGCCUAGUGGCAACAAACUGCGACAGAUCUUUAUUUAUUUUAUUGAAUGCCUACCUGACCUUUUCUAUGAUUUUGUUUUCAAAAUAUACAACAAGGCAGCACCAGUCUUAGAACCACUGGUUUCUGCGUUCUUGUGACAUCUUUCGCUUCUAACAGGAGAAAAAGAUGGUGAUCUUAUAAUUAGUUUUUCAAUGUGGCAAACAUAUUGUAUUUAUUAAAAAACAUUUUUUCCCCCUU